GGUGGGACAGAUGUCGCAGUUACACCAGAAUACUUCCGGGAGAAUAGUUCCUGUUUACAAAUUAAAAUGCAGUGCGUUAAAUGAGAAGUCUGUGCCCUCGUCACAGACAAUUGGGUACAAUGGAUAACAAUGUUGUGGUGGCGGAAGCUGAGGAGAUCAACUGGGGAGAAAGUAGAGCUGAAGACGGGAAGAUUAUGAACAAGACCGAAACCUUAUCAAGUAAUGUCCACGUCGGUCUCCCCGACCCACUCACAGAUGCUGUAAAAUGUUCUCUCAUAAAAGGAGACUAUCUCUACUUCCAUUACGGCUGUGAUGGACAAGACGACAGGGGCUGGGGAUGUGGCUACCGCACCGUUCAGACAAUGGCUUCCUGGCUUUGCCGUAACUGCCUCCCGUUGAAGGACAAACGCGAAGCUCCGCCGAGCCUGCCGGAAAUCCAGCACGCCUUGGUCACCGUGGGGGACAAGCCGGGCUCGUUCUCGCGCUCCAGGGAGUGGAUAGGAACAUUUGAAGCCUCCCUGAUCCUUGACCUUUACUAUGACGUCCCCUGUAAACUGGUGCACGUGAGAGGCGGCGGGGCAGAGCUGGAGCGCGUCGCAGUGGAAGAGCUCCAUCGGCACUUUGAGGAGCACGGCUCUCCAGUCAUGAUGGGAGGGGACAGGGACAACUCCUCCAAGGGGAUAUUGGGGGUGUGCACUGGGGACACUGGUAGCCACUUGCUCGUCGUGGACCCGCACUACUAUGGAGGUCCGCUGGAGAAGACCGAGCUGCAGGAGCGCGGGUGGGUGGCGUGGAAAAGGGUGUCGUCUCUAGAUCAGUCUUCAUUCUACAAUCUGUGUCUGCCUCAGAGCGCCAACAAAUGAACAUAAACUAAGCGACAGACGUGUUCCUGUAACUUACAAUGUCCUGACUGUGAAGCUCUAAGGUGUCCUGUGAGGGCAGACCCUGUAAUUGACUGCAACGCCAUCCUGUGGAUGAAAUCAGCAACUACAGCGUAUUUGAAGAACAGGGUGAUUUAGAAAAAGGAAAAAAACUUGAUGAGCAAUUUCUUCAUUAUUGCUAUUCCUUACUAAAAUUCAGCUGAAUCUUUAAGUAUUUCCCUCGAUGGUGCUUUAGUUUGUAUUCAUUUUAAAAAUCUCUCCAUGUGUGAAUCAAUAGUGUUACUACCAUUCGUACCAACAAUUAAUUCACCGUAGACAUUGCAGAUGUUUGGAUUUUAUUGGACUUUUGACCAUCAAUUAAUCAAGUAAUUUUUCAACCAAAUAUACUUUGAUUCUAUUCUUCUCAAUUGUCCACCGUUGGUUUGAAUAAAAAAGCAAUGUGUAGAUUUUGGUUCCCUAGAGAUGUGAUGGACAUGUUUCCUUUUUAAAAUAUUAUUUUUCCACACGUAGACUUAACGAUUAGUCGAGAAUAAUAAAGUGGAAUCUAAAUGAAAA